AUGUUUAGCGUUGGAAGGGAUCUAAAUUCCAUAGUGAAAGGGUUGAACAUAGCUAAUCGGAGGGUGGUGGAAUUUGUGGAUCGUGAAAGAAUUAGGCUACCCAUGGAGGCAAUGGGCCGGAUCGGAGGAGUGGGCAAGGCCAGGAGGAGAAAGUGGGCUGGACAUAGGCUGAUCACAUGUGGGCUGAGAACCUGGAACAAAUGGUGUGGGCAAAGAGAGGUGGAGCCCAAAUUGUUAAAUGAGAAGAUCACAGCAUUGGUGAUCCAAACAUCAGAAACCAUAACAAGUGUAAGGAAUAGGCCCGGCCAGCAAAAGGAUACAAAGCCCAGUCGCUGUAAUAAUUCUCCCGAGUUAAACGUGUUUUCCAACUUGAAAGCGAAGACUAAGAAGACUAGGAACACAACGUCAAAACCUGAGUCAGUCAGUCAGACUCUAUCUGCUUUCUUCCUCAUCUCCUGCUCCAACUCUGUUCGUGGAAUGAAUCUAUGGCAUGCAUCCAUGGCCAUGGGAUCUAAAGGUCAGCAUUCUCUCUCGACCUUUAUCAUAUAUGGUCAUGAACAAUACAGACAGUUAAUGUUGUUAGAUUAA